CUUUCAUUUCCUUACCUUACCUUUUCGCUCAAAUCGUCGCCGUGACAAAGAUCAGACGAAUUCGAUGGGCUAGUAGAUGACACGUUCGACAUGCCUAGUUGCGUGGUAAAUAGUGCCGAAGGUCACAAGAGCCGUAUUCUAGGACAGGACAGGUCGAACAUGACGACGGAGAAGUCCCAAUUACGACAACACGAAACCCAUUUCCGACAUUUGCGACACUCCCGUCCAUCGUCGGGUCAAUGGCCUCUGUGGCAUCAUCACGCUCGUGGGCACCACCAAGACCACGCCAACGGGAGUGACGUGUUCUUGCACGAUCCCGUUGGCUUCCAAAUGUUACACAGGAAUGUGCCGUUCUCAUCUACUCCAACUGACGUCCCAGAUUCGUGGCAAUCCAAGCAGUCUCAGUAUACGACAUGUAAAUUCACGCCGAUUGUUGAAGAUGACGUCACUGAUGACGAAGUUCCGGCCGAUCUGUUGAGGCAAGCUCAGUACGGGUCACCACUCAUUCAACGCUGGGGCGUAGAUGCUCGUAUUAUCCCAGAGACCAUUGUAUUGGCAGACGACCGACUCCAAGUUUCCCCCUGCAAGUCUCCACCUUACUGUUGGGUAUGCUACCUGGAGAUGACCGCUCAAAAUGGGGAGGUCUACAUGGGAACUGGUGCAUUUUCCAAUGUAGGGAACACCCCCGGUGUAAUCCUCACUUGCGCCCACAACAUUUACCACCACUCACGUCGGGGCUACAUUGAUCACGUGGACGUCUAUCCAGCACGUGACGGAUCUUCGGCACCUUUCGGGCAUUUCCGCGUGUAUUCAACUCAUCUUCGGGUACCAGACCUGUACAAGAAACGAAAAGCUGCAACCUACGAUUAUGGCCUCAUCUUGAUUCCUAAAAAAGAAUUCAGCAUCUCGACUAAGCCGUUUGGUUUUGGGUAUAAUCUUUUGGCAUCGUCUGCGUUGAAAGGGAGAUUGGCAGAAAUAUGCGGAUACCCGGGAGACAAACCAAAUGGCACUAUGUGGAUCGCAGGCAGCCCACUGAAGUACGCCUCCCGUUCACGCCUGUAUUACGAAGCCGACACAGCAGCCGGGCAGAGCGGUUCUCCCGUGUGGACCUGGGACAACUUCAACUGGAUGAUGGUCGGGAUUCACGGAAAGGGGGUGAUUCCAG